UGGAGUGUGAUAAUAAAGGUGGGGAAAAAACCUACAAAACAAACUCCUGCACUUGUUGAAAUGCGUAGGUUUAAAUGUGUUAACUAAAAAGUGUAAAAACAUGUGAGAUUCAAGAGUCAUGGGUUUGUUCUAUACACGGCUGUAUAUUAGGGCUGUAAUCUCCCAGCGGACCGGUCGAUUUAUUGGUCGAUACAUUCUGGUUUCUGAUUGGUUAACUUUUUUCUUCUUCUUUUUUUACAUCAGGAGGAAAGUACGAAGUGCUAAUUGAAAAACGUUUUGGAAAGGCUAGUUUGCUAAAUAAUGAUUCAAUUUUGAGCGUUUCAUUUUAACCAGUCCUCGUCUACCAUGUCAAAGACAUCCACAGUGUGGCAGCAUUUUACAAAAAUAGAUAACGGGAAAAAAGUCGAAUGAAAAGUUUAAACGCAACAUUAGCAUAUCACAGGUCGAAUCCAAACAUGGCAAACGGUUCACAAAAGCACGAUGCCUCUCGAUGGUAUCUUCAGAACAUAGCACAGGAGUCUGUCGACAGCUCUGAUGACGAGUUCUUCGAUGCUCGAGAUGUCAUUGAGGGUAAGAGUGCUAUGCUACUUGGUAUGAGUCAGUGGAACUCCAAUGACCUGGCGGAGCAGAUGGACACUCUGGGACACCUGAAAGACCAGCCUCAAGCGACAGAGAGUCUUUACUGUCUGGCUGGUACGGGCUGUGAUCCUCGGAGCAGCAUUAGAAGAGAGGAUUCUUCAGAGAGAAAUUGUAAGACCCAUGUACUGCUGCUGGUGGUUCAUGGGGGGAACAUCUUGGACACUGCAGGUGGAGAUCACUGCACAAAGGCAGCUGAUGUAGCCAAUCUGGCCCUGAUGAUGGAGAAGGUUACCAGGGCUCAUUUCCAAACAGCAGCAGAACACGUGAUGAUCAAGCUGGUGCCGUGUCCAGCUGUGUGCACUGACGCUUUCUUUUUGGUGUCUCAUCCACUCAACCCUUUGUUUUCCUCCAACCAAAGCAUACGGGCCAGUAGUGUGGACUACCUUCCCCUGGCUGCUCUGCCACUUCUUGCCAUUGUCUCACCCCAGUACCAGGAUGCAGUGGCAACUGUCAUUGCCAGAGCCAACCAGGUCUACCACAGUUUCUUGCAGUCUGAAGAAGGCCAGGGGUUCACAGGACAGGUGUGUUUAAUGGGUGACUGUGUGGGUGGAGUCCUGUGCUUUGAUGCACUGUGCUUCAGUAACCAGCAGAGGCCUGGGAGCCCUGACCACGGCGAUCUCAGGAACAACGGCAGCAAGGACCAUUCAAGCCAGUCUAAAGAGUCUAGUCCUGGUCUGAGUUCUAGCAAAAGACUGAGUAAGAGCAACAUUGAUGUCUCUUCAGCUAAUGAAGGACAAGGUCAGAGUGGAGCGCCCCUGAGCCGCAAACAGAGCGACUCCUAUGAUGGAGACACGUCAUCUACGGGACAGCACAGCUUUUUCUCCAGUUUGAUUAAAGAGAGUGUGGAGCUUCACAGCGGCAGCAGCACCUGCCUGGUGGUGAACCCUGGUUGGUUUGAUUUUGAGGUGUCCGACUGCUUCCUGCUGGGCUGUCCUCUGGGGCUCGUGCUUGCAAUGAGACGCACGGUGCUGCCUGCAGUUCAGAUCAGCCAGCUCCAUCCAGCCUGCUCUCAGAUUUUCAACCUCUUCUACCCUUCGGACCCUUCAGCAUCCAGGAUAGAGCCCCUGCUGCACCCCCUCUUUAACAAGUUGCCACCAUUUGCUGUGCCCAGGUACCAGCGCCACCCUCUGGGCGAUGGACGCUCAACACUAAUUGUGGAAAGCAUUCAUGGCCAUUCGAGUUUGUUUUUGGGAGAAGAGCAGACACAAGGAAGUCCAGCCUCACAUCGAUUGUCUCGGACUAACCCUAAAGGAGAAGAGGGAGAUGGAGGGGGUGGUGGAGGAGGAGGGGCAGGAGGAAAAGAGGGCACUCGCAGAGCCAGUGUUACAAGUGUGGGAAGCGAAACAUCGAUUUGCUCAAUGAGUCAGCUGGGAGACAUCAUCUCCAACAUCUCCAGUAGCUGGUGGGGCACCAAAAGGCUGGACUACGCCUUGUACUGCCCUGACGUGCUGACAGCUUUCCCGACUGUGGCCCUGCCUCACCUCUUCCAUGCCUCCUACUGGGAAUCUACAGACGUAGCAGCUUUUGUCCUGCAGCAGCUCAUGCGGUGUGACUGCUUAAAGACCAAAGAUGUCAAUCAUUUGGACUCGGCUUCCUUCUCCUCCUAUAGUUCAAGGGAAAAAUGGCUAAGAAAGCGGACACAUGUCAAACUUAGGAAUGUCACAGCCAACCAUAGGGUGAAUGAUGUCAUAGCAACAGAGGAUGGACCUCAAACACUGGUGGGGCGUUUCAUGUAUGGCCCUCUGGACAUGGUUACACUAACUGGAGAAAAGGUUGACAUUCUGCUGAUGACACAGCCUCAGUCUGGGCGAUGGGUCAACUUUGACACAGAGGUGACCAACAGCAGCGGCAGAGUAACUUACACCAUUCCCAAGAGCAAACAGCUGGGCCUGGGAGUUUACCCUGUGAAGAUGGUUGUCAAGGGCGAUCAGACCAGUGCAGAGGCCUAUCUGACUGUGUUGCCACGGGGAAUGGAGUGUGUGGUCUUCAGCAUUGAUGGGUCUUUUGCUGCUAGUGUGUCCAUCAUGUGCAGUGACCCCAAAGUCCGACCUGGAGCAGUGGAUGUGGUCAGACACUGGCAGGAUCUGGGUUACCUGAUCAUCUACAUCACUGGACGCCCUGACAUGCAGAAGCAGCGCGUGGUGUCUUGGCUAUCACAGCACAACUUUCCUCAUGGGAUGAUCUUCUUCUCAGAAGGUCUAGUCCAUGAUCCGCUGCGGCAGAAGACCAUUUUUCUCAGGAACCUCAUCCAAGAGUGUCAUAUAAAGAUCAACUCAGCCUACGGCUCAAUGAAGGACAUCUGUGUUUACAACAUGCUCGGCCUUGGUCCCGCCCAGAUUUUUAUUGUUGGCCGACCCUCCAAGAAAUACCAAAACCAGUGCCAGUUUCUGAGUGAGGGCUACGCUGCUCAUCUCUCCACGCUUCAAUUUGGCCAUCGAACCAGACCCAAGAAGUCCUCCUCCGUCCGCAUGGUCCUGAGGAAGGGCUCUUUCGGUCUCUCAACCAAACCGGACUUCCUUUGCAAACGAACGCACCUGCGGAGGACCAUGUCCGUGCAACAGCCUGAUCCGCCGUGCAUGACCAACCCCAAGCCGGAGAGAGCCCAAAGCCAGCCUGAGUCAGAUAAGGAGCACGGGGUCAUUGGCGGAGGUGAAAGUGGAGGUUGUGGAGCAGAAGGAUCAGGGGGGUCGUGGGGGCGAGCCACCGUACACUGUGGAGACUCAAGUUCCUGGAAUCAAGGAAGAGUUGGAUGAAUUAAACUAAAGAUUAAAAACUAGAACUGUUAAAAAAAAACAAAGGUGAGAAUAAGCUAAACCAUGUUUCCCUUAACUAAAGUCAACCGGUCUCAUCAAGUCCAGGACUGCACGGUCUGUGGUAUUAAAGAACCUGUUCAUGUUUACGUUGCUGGUACAAAAUAUGGAACGUGGUCAGCAAUUUACGCUUGAUGUUACACAGUUGUUUUUUCUUUUUGCCUUUAUGGCAAAUAUUUGUCACUGGGGUAUAUUUGGCCAAAUGGACCCCAAUAUACCAACAAAACUGGGAGGGUUUGUUGGCAGUUCUUUAUUAUGGGAAACGAGACAGUAACAACAGUAAAGUGUGUCACAGUUUUUAGCACCCUGAAGUGAGUGACUUUAGACAACUGUAUUGAUUGUUUUGUUUCCUUUGCAGCCUAUUGAUUCCACAAGUCCCUCGACCAAUAAUAGAAGCUGGCACGUGAGUCCUAAUUAUGCUGCUUGAUUGGCUCAAAGCUGGCCUUUGUCCUUUGGUCCUUUGGUUCUGGACAGUCCAGCACCAGUUCUGCCUGUCCACCUCCUCCAACUCCUCUCUCAGGACGGAGCUAGAAAAUAAACCUGUGUUUAAGAAGCAGUGAUGUAAGUAAACUAGACAUUACUGUAGGAUGUUGUACACAAACAGAAUCAAAGUUGGCAUGUUGAUGUAUGUGGAAACGUCAGUCAAAAUGCAUAUCAUAGAUGAAAUGACAACUGACUUUUACCAGGAAUGAAUUGGAUAAAAUUAUCAUUAAUUAAUUAAUGAUUUUGUUUCCAAGCUGCAGUUGUGAUUUCUGCGUUGGCACCUCUGUGGACGGACUUGAAUUUGUUUUUAUGAUUUGAUUUACCUUUCUUGUACAGUAUAUUUUGGGGGUCAGGGGGCGUGAAGUUCAAAUUUGUACAGUAUGCAGCUUUUUCUCUUACAUUUUAUUUCUAGUUGAAACCUACAGUUGGUGAUAAGUAAAGAAACAUGAAACAGUGCUUUUUUUUUUUUGCUUUUCCAUAGUGGUACGAGCCUUGAGAAUAUGUGGAAACAAAUCUGUUAGAGUUUUCCAAUAACAUGUAAAUAAUCACAGUCUGUAACAGUGAAGACUCCUGACUCUCCUCUGUCAACUUCAGAAUUGUAGUCCCUGUAAUAUCUGCCCCCAUUUAACCAACCAACCUUCUCUUGUAAUCCUAGCUAGACAAAUUAUCUUACCGAUUUUUGCUGCACUAACUCAAAUAUACAGUCCGUCGGAGAAACAAACAUUAGUUGACGUGGGAAAUUGUUAAGAAGUCUUAAACGUUGCUAGUUCCUGUGGUCGGUAUUUUAUAUAGUUUUCUCUUUUUGCCAAAACAAAAACAACAACAACUCUGCAGCUGUCUUGUGCAAUCUGACGUUGAACUGUAUCUGGUGUGAUGAUGUUACAUAUAUACAUAUUUUUCUAAAUGGGAAUAUUGUAAAUGAUGAUUUUUUAUUGUCUCUUUGAUUUACUAAAUCGCUGGUUUAUGCUUUAAAUUGUACUGAUAUAUAACGUUGUUUUAGUUUUCAGUAUUGACCUUCAUCUCAUCGCUGAUUUGCUGCUGUUAGGGCAAGACUAACCAGAAAUAACCAAUGCCAUCCAAAUUAAAAACAAUAUAUCAAUUUAGCCAAACAGACGUAUUGAGGUUGGUCUGGUAAUAUAUAGUAGGUUAUAUAUAGAAAAGAAAUCUUAAGAAAAUAUACCUCAAAAUAACCAGGAACAUCCUGAUUGACUCAAAUGAAACAAACCUGUCAGACCUAGCGUCAGCAACUCCAUAACAUGAGCCCUAGAUCCAGAAAUAACAGUAAAAAAGCUGUGUGUCUGGUUAAAUAGCUCUGUCACUGAGAUGUUUAACCAAAAAAGUGACCGACUGCUGUUAAGAAAGAUUGUAAAAGACGUGUUUUUCACUCACUGGGAGACAAGAACUGACGGUCCUCUGCUCCUCCACUGUGGUAUACUGGGCUGCUGUUAACCUUGUUCCGGAGCUUUCUCUGUCAUCUGUUCUAUCAACCACCUCUACAUCCGUACAUCUAACCUGAGGUCAAUCUCUCCCUCUGUCUGGCAGCUCUGUAUCCACACCAUCGUUGUUCAAUAUUUCCAUCGUCUCCCUGCAGCACAUGUCCAAACCAUCUCACCACUUUAUCUCCAAACUUCUCAGCGUUAGCUGUUUGCUAACGACAUAAAAAAGAAACCUUACUUUCAAACCAACAAGACGUUCAACUAUUCACCCUCCUCAAAGUUGCCCUUACUGCCCCUAGAAUCACCACUCUCCAGAAACGGUUGAUGGUUAAAAUGCAGAGGACAUUGACGAUGAAGCUGAUUCUUCUUCUAAACUGACUGAUACAACAGUAACAUUCACGACUGCUCCGCUGUAUUUUCAUGAUCUACCAUCAAGAGAGACAGCACGCACUUUUUCCAGUGAUUCUAAGUCGAAAUAUCGUAACUGUGCUUUUCCAGUCUUCCAGUAGCUGCUCACUACCUCCAAGGGUUUGUUGCAACUCUUCCCUAAUGCCUUUUGGAUUCUCCUCCUUCUAUGAUUUCCAAAAUCAAAUCUUCAUUGCUGUGUUUGUUCAGUUUUUUUUCUCUGUCUCUCUCUCUCUCUCUCUCUCACCAAGCUAUGCUACUUUGUCACUCAUCAUCCAAAACAUUACUCUCAUAGUUGUUUCAAGGUUGUCCCUGCUCAACUCACACUUUUAUUUACAAGUCACACAGUUUGAAACUGUAUCUAAUGCUGCUGGAUUUGCUGAUGCUAAUGGUGGUAGCAAUGCAUUCACAACUACUGUGAUAGUAACUUUAAAAAGUUUACACUGUCAAUGAGAGGAUGGGUAGUCUAGUAUACCCUAAAUGGUAUACUGUAUGCAAACCUUGGUAUACUGUAAACUAUUGAAACAUUGACAUACAGUAAGAAAGGCCUUAUUUGUUAUGCAUUCAGUAAACUAGAGAAAAUCAACAUCAACACAUUUUAAUGCACUUUCCUUUGAAGGUGAUUUGAGUUUUUCACUCCAGCUCGUUAUUGUAGUAUCUAGAUGGGAUUGUUUCAAGUAUUCCUAGGUUUAAACUAUUUAUCCUUACAUACGUACAUAUUAAACUAUGCUCUUGAAUAACCUGCACAGCAUUGUUGAAAAUGAAAAACAGAAUACAGCAAUAUUUACAGGUGUCUUUUUUAACCUAUUGAUCAAGUGAUGGAGUAACUAGUAAUCUUUUUGUAUCCAAACAAGUAUGUAUGACUCCCUAAUGUCUGUGGAACAACAGUUUGCAUUGUGCGUUGUGAUGUAACAUGUUGUAGAAGCUGUGAAAUAUAACCAGAUUAUGGGGGAAUUGAACUGUUCUUUGUAAGUCUGCUAACACUUUGGUCAGUGUGUGGCUCUGAUGUGCCUACGUUUUGCUUGCUGUUAAAAAAAAAGGUGACCAAGUCUCUGCUACUUGAAUAUGGGACUGGGAUUCUAUGUGGGAUAAUAUGGGACACUUUAUGAGGUCAAAAAGUGUGUUUAGUCUACUUGAUAAAUAUUUACAAUAAAUUGCAAGUUAUAUGCCAGUUCAUGUCAUGUAUGAUGAUGUACGAUUAUUUUUAAAUUAUCGAAGUUGUAAUUUCUAAAUAAACAAAGCAACA